AUGGACGAGCAUCGCCAGGAAGUCGAACGGAUCGCAGCGCGCGUACGCAGCUUCUACAACCGCAAGGAGAAGUUCCGCAUCUACCACGGCUCGACGAACAGCACGCGCAAGUCGGCCAUGACCAAGGACCCGCGCACGGUGGUGGACACGAGCAAACUCAAGCAUGUCGUGCACGUCAACCAGGAAACUCGCACCGUCAUGGUGGAGCCCAAUGUGCCCAUGGACCGACUGGUGGAGGAGACGUUAAAGUACGGCUUGGUCCCCCCCGUGGUCAUGGAGUUCCCUGGCAUCACCGUUGGCGGCGGCUACUCCGGCACGUCGGGCGAGAGCAGCUCGUUCAAGCAUGGCUUUUUCGACCAGACUUUGAAGCAGGUGGAGAUGGUUCUCGCCGACGGUGAAGUCAUCGCCGCGUCUGCGGAAGAACAUGGCGAUUUGUUCCGCGGUGCCGCUGGGGCGGUGGGCACGUUGGGCGUGACGACGAUGGUGGAGAUCCAGCUUCGACCCGCGACCAAGUUUGUGGAAACGACAUAUCACCCAGUCUUCAGCAUGGAGCAAGCGGUGGAGAAGCUGCGUGAUUUCACUGCGAGACAGGACGAAUUCGAUUACAUUGACGGCAUCAUGUUUUCGCCUACGAGCGGCGCAAUCGUGACCGGGCGCAUGACCGACCAUCCUCAAAGCGGGCUGACUGUCCAACGGUUCAGCGCAGCAAAAGACCCCUGGUUCUACCUCCACGUCAAAGACCGCAUCGCCGGCCGCACAGCCCCAGUCUCCGACGCCGUCCCUCUCCCCGACUACCUCUUCCGCUACGACCGCGGCGGCUUCUGGGUCGGCAGCGAGCCCUUCAACUACUUCACCGGCAUGCCCUUCAACCCCCUCACCCGCUGGUGGCUCGACGACUUCCUGCACACCCGCAUGCUGUACAACGCGCUGCAAGCCAGCGGGCAAUCGGAGCGCAUGAUCAUCCAAGACCUCGCGCUCCCCUACGACACCGCGGCGGAGUUCGUGCAGCGCAUGGAUGCCCUGCUCGGCAUCUGGCCGCUUUGGCUGUGUCCGCUGAAGCAAAGCCCGCACAAAACUAUGCAUCCUCACUUCAAUGAGUACGAAGCUGACGGCAAGACGUUGAAGCCUAUGCUCAACAUAGGUCUGUGGGGUCGCGCUCCGCCUACGCACGCGGCUUUCAUCCAGGCGAAUCGAGCUGUAGAACAGACGCUCCGCGAACUGCGUGGCAUGAAAUGGCUGUAUGCCCAGACGUACUCCAGCGAGCCACAGUUCUGGGCGGACUUUGACCGAGCGUGGUACGACGAUUUGCGCGCCAAGUAUCGCGCCACGAGCCUGCCGACCGUGUACGAGAAGGUCAGGGUGGAUGUCGAAGCGGAGGAUCAAGCGCGGCAUAGUAGAGGGUUCAAGCAGCGUGUCUUGGACGUAUGGCCGCUCUCUGGUCUCUAUGGCAUCAAGAAGGCAAUCGAUAGUGGGGAUUACCUGGGAGCCCGAUCUUCCGCCUGGAAAGACUGGGUUCCUAGAGCGUGA